UAUUAAAAAAAAAACAUUUGCUAAAGGUUUUACUGACAUUGCUCACAUUUUGUAUUGAAAUUUAUGUGUCACAUAUAUUUCGCUCAUUCGAAUUUUAAAAUUCGAACUAGAAUUCAUAUAAAUCUAAAAUAGUGUUUCUUAAUCCUUAAAAAUGUUCCUGCGGUCAUUUUAUAAAUAUACCAGUCAUACCAUCCUUACACUACCACAAGUAUUCAGUCACCAAAAUGUCCUUAUCCAUCGUUCUCAUUCCGUAAUACACGCAUGGAACCCAACAUCACAACAAAAAUUCACUUUUGUAAAACACAUCAAAAGGACAUCCUGGCGAAUGGAAAGUUCUUCUUCACAGUUUCAACCACCGGAGCCACAAAAGCAAUCCGGGCCACCUCCAAUUAUACCCCCGCCAUCUCCUGUUCCCAAAAGCAAGAAAAUCAACUGGAACAACUGAAACCAAUCCCAUCUGAGCUUACAAAGAAGGGCCAAAAUGGUCACAAAAGUAUCCGAAACACAAUUGGACAUCACAAGUAAAAAUUUGGUUGGAUCGUGUCCGGAACUGCGAUUGGUUUAAUGUCCGCGUUCUUCGGGAAGUUAUACAUGCUCUUUGGAGCUGUUCCAUUGUUUCUAUAUCAUUCAAAAGAUCUGGAUGUGAUAUCAAAACAUUUAGCAGAGACUCAACGUUCCUAUGGAGGUAUUCCAAAUGUUGGCUGCUAUCCAAACGUAUCAAAAACAACAACUUAACCUUGUCUAAAGUCUUCCAACAACAAGAGAAGAAACAUCCAGAUAAACUAAUGUUACAGUUGCAUGAUCAAAACUGGAAGUAUAAAGAUGUAGCGAGUUACGCCAACAGGACAUCACGCUUAAUGCAGAAGUACGGUUUUCAAAAAGGAGAUGUCGUUGCGAUGUUUGCGUUGAAUAGCCCUGAAAUGGUCGCCAUUGUUCUUGGCAUGGCUAACAUCGGCAUUAUAACAACACUUAUAAGUACAGAGCUACGUAAUAAAGGUUUAACAAAGGCUAUCAAACAAUCGGGAUGCACGGGAAUUAUUUUUGAUGACGAAUUAAUGCAUGCUUUUGGUGACGUUUAUAAAAACUUUGAAGGCAUUAAAAUCUUUCAAAUGAGGCACAAAGCCAAACAACCAGAAUUUCGUGUGUUGGAAGAAGAAUUAUUAAAGGAAUACAACGAUUUACCGGAAGUUUUUGUCCAAGUGCAUCAUGACGAUCCUCUUCUGUAUAUGUUCGCACCGGAAGACACCGUUUUUAAAAACCAAUUGUCAUCACACAUGAAAAAUUUUUAUAUAAUGCAAGUGCCACCGCAAUGAUGCUUGAUCUAAACGCUUCUGAAAAGAUUUACAAUCCAACGCCAUUACAUGAAACAUCCGGAAUGAUUUUGGGUAUUGGUCCCUCAAUUACAAAUGGCGUAUCCACUGUACUGCGCUCCAAGUUUUCCGCCUCGGAUUAUUUCCGGGAGUGUUACGUUUACAAUUGUACAGUGGGGCAAUAUUCAGGAAGCAUGUGCAAGCAACUUCUAUUGAGUCCUGUGAGUCCAAUAGAAACAUUUCACCCUGUGAGAGCAAUGUAUGGUACUGGAUUGGAAAGUGAUUAUUGGCAGGAGUUUGUGGACAGAUUUGGGACGAAAAUGUAUGAGGUGCAUGAUGUUUCACAGGAAGACAUUGAUUUAAUUAACUUUGAGGGCAAAAUAGGAGUACUUGGUUUCCGGCCAAAACUAAUUCCUAGUUUUGUAUUCCCACAUUAUGUUAUCAAAGUAUUUGGGAAGGAAAACAUUCCCGUUCG